AUGGAUACUCACGCCCCUGUCAACAAGAAGGCAUCAAAGCCAGCGCACAAUCGCCACUCAGCCCCCCCUUACGCAAUCUUUUUUGCCUUGAGCAUACUCAAACACCAAUCCCGCCGCGGUACCGACCAACUAGAACUCCUCAAGUUCUGUCGGAAAUGCGAGCCAGAGACUUUUGUCUUGGGCGACACCAGCAAGUUAACCAAAAGGCAGCUGGAAGACAUGUGCUCGGCUGAUCGCAGCCAAGAGGAAUGCAUCGAAAUCAUCACUAUUCUGGACCAAAGCUGUUCCAUGUUAAAAGAUUUUGGAGGGUUUUCCUGCAGCUGCAAGACAGUCAAGGUCACUAAGCAAGGCUGCCUUACGUACAGGGGCUCUCUCGUGACCGUCAGCGAUAUCCGCCGCACGAUCUUCGAGAUUCGCUGCGUGGUCAAGAGCAUCCAGGGCUGUUACAAGAGACUCGGCAUCGGAAAGGAGGGUUACCGAUACACGCUUACUCUCUGGCAACUGUACAAUGCGUGUACAAUCUGGCGGAAGCAUCGCCCCCUUCUCGAGUAUCACGAUGCUAACCCCUCCGAGGAGUACCACUAUUACCCGGAGAAGGCAUUGGCCGUGUGUGAUUUUGUCCGGGAGAUGAAUCCACCAACUACCGGCUACGAAGACGUACGCCAGCGCCGUAACCGAGGCGUUGAAAGUCUGCGGGACGCGGCACAGCCAAAGACAAACAAGGAGAAUGUCAAGUCGGCCGCGCGCUCGAGCACUCUGAGGGAAGCGAAACCACGCAAACAGCCGUCAAAUGCCCACCAAGAGUAUCUCAAGACCGCACCGUGGAGGGCGAUUGUGGACCAAUACAGAGAAAGUCAAGAACAGCACAAGGACGAGGCUCAAGAAGACGGCUCCUCCACAUUCGUAGAAUCUCCGGAUUCCGAAAAGGAGACAGCAUCGCAAGACGAUACUGUUGGGUCUGGAUACGAGAGUCCCACCUUCUGGGCCUAUCAAAGACCCAAGACGUUUCAGUACUUGUCACGCGCUUAUCACAGGUGCAGACGCAGCCUUGUAUCGAAGUUCAUUCCUUCGCCGACACGGCGGGCUCUGGAGGAGGACACAAUGCCGCUUCUGGGCGACAGCGACAACGGCGCCGAAGCCGACGCCGAUGAUGAUUACAAUGAAAAAGGCGACAAGAAAUCAUACUGGUCAGAUUCGGAUGGAGAUUGGCAAAAUUGA